UCAACCACCGACCAGUAAAGACGAGACCGGCCCUCCUACUGUUCAAACAGCUGAUGAGGCGUCAUCACAGGUCCCAGAACCAGAGUCCACAGAACCGGAGUCCACAGAACGGUCUGUAGCUUCGGGUCUGGACACCAAGAUGGAGGCUUCACGAUCCCCAAGCCCAACUGAAGAGGGGGAGAAAAAUACAAAAGAUCCUGCAUCUGCGGAGAAGAACCACAGGGAUCCAGCAUCAGCCUCCGUUUCGACUGAGCCAGCAGCUGGAACAGGGAGUGAGAAGCCAGCGGCAGCCGGCAGACGGUCUUCAGCUGCAGUACGCACUCUGACCAUCGGGGAGAUGGUGGAAGAGCACUUUCAUCCGGAUAAGAUCAAGUGCCUGUCGAAAGAGUCUGCCAUGUCGAAGGAAAGCUGUAGGACGCUGCUGAUCUCCAACCUGCCAAAGUUUCACGAGGGCUGCUACACAGAGGACGACGUCGCCGCUGUGUUCGUUCCUUUUGGCUUGACGUCCUGGAGCGAGGAAAUCUACGUUGUUCCUCAGGCGCGUGUGGCCUUUGUCGUGAUGCCCUCACCGCUUAGUAUACACAGAGUUCUGGCUGCCAGACCGGAUUCCAUUGCUAUCAAAAAGAAUAGACUGUCGUUGCAGGUCUUGGGACCCAAAGACAAUCAAUCCCUCAAGGAUCCGUUUUGGUUUUAUACAUCCCUGAUGAAGUGGAUGGAUUCUCGGAUGGAACAUGACGGACACAAAACAGUCUACAUCAGGAACAUCUCACCGAGCGAAGCCAGAGACCUCAGAGAGGCUUUGAGAAAAAUCGGAUCAGUCUCGAACUACCUGCCUCUGCUCAACAAGGUGUUUAUUGAAUUUGAAUCUGACUGGGGGGCCGAUCGUCUUGGAAUGUGGUGCAGCCUCCUGAAACAGGCCCAGAGUUACAUCGUGGUCCGGCUCAAAGAACCAUUCAGCACCUGUAGAGCACAGACACCAGAACAUCCUGAGAAGGCUAUACCACACAGCAAGGACGCUGCUGCUUGGGCAACUACCCCGUCACAAAAACAUGGUGUUCCACGAGGCAGCUGUUCACCUUUCUGGAUCACAAUGUCCACCAGUCCCUUUGUGUUCCCUACCACGAGUCCUUGGUUCUCGAUUCCAGAAUAUCAGACCGUCAGAGGAUAUGACGACAUCAAGAAUGACCACAGUCGGGGUUCCAUGUUCCUCACACUCAUGUUGACCGGUUUACCAGAGGGAGGCUACAGGCAGGAGGACGUCUACAGGCUGGUCAGGCCUUAUUUCCCACAAAUUCUGGACUCUCUGUACUACAACGUGAUCGUGCUGACUCUGCAGAGGAGGGCCUUCGUGCAUUUCAGCGACUGGACAUCGUGCUGCAAUUUUGUCAGAGAUCACAUCAGGGAGCCGGUUUCUGUCCGAGGCUCCGUUCUCAAGAUCCACUUCGUCCUUGAGUACAUGUAUCCUGAGUCAAGAGAGGAGCUCAUGUACACAUCCUUGAUGAAAUGGAGCAACUCUAGUGUUCCAGAUCCCCAGUCUCUGGAGGAGCGGCUGCUCUGUGUGGAUAUCGCUCAGACCAGUGUCUACCUCAUCAAGACGGUCAUGAAAACUGUGGCGUCCAUUGCUAAAUUUGUCAGCUUCCUGCCGCUCGCCAACAGGAUCUGUGUGGAGAUGGCUGACUCCAGUGGUGCAGCUCAGGUUCUGGAGAAGUUCAUGGUUUUUACACCAAAAGCUCAAUGUGAGCGACUGAUGUUUCAAAAAGUCACAGGCAUUCGGUCUCUGAAGAGCUCAAAGAAGCAUAUUGAAGCCUCUGCUGAACCAGCUGGUGAUAUCCCGAUGGAGGAAGUUGAGAAACUAGGAGCAGAGAUGGUCACAGAUUCCACAUCUGCCCCUAAGGCGGAUGAGGAUGUAGAUGCUGCUGAUGGAGACACUGUCCCAGCUGCUUCCGGUCCCACAUUCUCCACCACAAGUCUGCCCAGAUCUAACGAGACCACCACAGAACAUCCUCCGAUUGACCAGGACACCAUCACGGCCGUGCUGGCAGCGGUUCGCCAGCACAGACUCGCCCAAGAAAGGACACAGAGAGGAGAGACAGAGAGUUCUCUGCGAUCACAGAAUCAGGAUGAAGCUACAGACGUCGUUCUUACUUCAGAUGAUCAACCUUUAAACCUGAGGGACUUUGUCACUGUUGAUGAAGUUGGUGAUGAUGUGGAAGAAACAAAUCCAGCCCAUGAAGCUUCAAGGGGCCAACGAGAUGCAAAGAAGAGAAAACGUAGCAACAAACCCAGUAAGGCUACUGAACAGGAAACCUCUGAGAUAUUAAUAAUUGACAAUCAGACGACAAUGGACCAAAACACUGAAGAGGAGGAUGCCUCUAAGGAAGUGGAUUCUGUUACAGAUCAGCCAACAACUACAGAGUCUGAGUCUGACAACAAGAAACCUGACGUGACUUCUAGAAGAGAUGAUAGAUCCUCAAAGAGGAGUGGCCUGAGGACCAGAGCAUCCAAGAGUGAAGAGAAGGUCAAAUCACCAGAGAAACAGGACAGGGUGGUGAAAAGAUCAGAAGCACCACGAGACUCCACUGCAAGACUUCCUCAAAGAGACCAAGACCCUGAAGAGGAGAAGGUGUCUGAGAUGGUCCAUUCCACUGAGGAACUGGUUCAAGAAGCGGCCGCCACAGAAAGGACUGAUAGAAGGAGUGGAAGAGGAAAGAAAGAGGAGAAAGUGACUCUGAAUCUCACUGAAGCAUCUGAAAAACCAGAUGAAGAUGAGGAGGCUUCGUAUGAAAUCUUAGACUCUGUGGAGGACGAGACUGUGACUGAGGAACCGGUCGUUAUGACAAGAUCCACCAGAGGAAGAAGGGGAAGGACGACUCAGAAAGACCAAACAAAGAAAGAGGACACACCGACAAGAAGUCGACGCACUCCUGUCAGAGAGACACAGGAAAAAACUCUAGAGAUGGAGAAGGAAGCAUCUUCAAAAGAGAACUCACCAACAAAGAAGAAAGACAUCACUGUUAGAGAGGAAAUAGAUGAGGAGGCGACCUAUGAAAUAUUAGAUUCUGUGGAGGACGAGGUUCUUCAGGAUGACCGGCCCCCUACAGGAGGGAAAAGGAAGAGGGGAAGACCAAAGAAAGCUGUUAAAUCAACUAGAAAAAAACCUGUAACACUGAAGGGCGACAAAGAUGCAUCUGAAAAAGAAGCUGAUGAUGAAAAGGUGUCGUCUCCGAUUCUGGAUUCUGUGAAGGAUGAGAUGGUUGAAGAUCAACCUCCCACAGAAGAGUCCCUCAAAGACAAGGAGGAGGAGCCUGUGCAUCAGAUUGUAGAUUCUCUGGAAGAUGAUCCAGUUAAGGAAGAGUUGAUGACCACUGAGGAGUCAAAAGAUGAAACUUGUCCAAAAGAGGAGGAAGCAGCUGUUCAAGAAGAUGCACCAACUUGUAGCACCAUUGUUUUGGAAGCAUCAGAAAAAGUGGUGGCAGAGAAUUUAGAAAGUGGAAAUGAUCCAUCUGCUGCAGAAGAGUCUGGUGUGGACAAGAAGGAAAGAUCCCUCAGGACAGACAUCAAGGAAGAAGAUACAUCUACAACCAAGUCCCAAGGAGAUGCUGCCACUCCGGCAGAAGAGAAGAACCAACAAUCGUCCGGUGAAAGUGACACAAUAGUUGUGAAGAGUGCUCUGCUGAACCUGGAUGAAGUGAGGGAUGAAAAGGACGAUCACCCUGAAGACACGGCCGAGGCGGAAGGAUUGAGAGAGAGGCAAGCUGGUGCCAAGGAGCAAGAGAGGAACACCAGGGAGACAGAUGGGAGGGAGCAGGAGGUCGUGGACUCCACGGAGCUGGUGACUCUGGAUGAGGUGGGAGCAGAUGAGGCUGGAGAGGAAACGGUUGAGAUCAGGGCCGGAGAGCUGCAGGGGCUCGUCACUCUGGAUGAAAUCAUAGACGCAGACGAGGGAGAAGUUGAGCAAAGCACGUUGGAGCCCCGCCCCCCCAUCAAAGAGGACCAGGCAGUAGAGACUUUGGAUGAAGCAGGUGACGAUGAGGAGGGGAACACAGACGAAGCUGAGAAAACCACAAGACCUGUUAAAAGCAGAAUCAAUGAAGACACAGAGGAGACGUUGGUGACGGUGGACGAGGUUGAAGAGGAGGAAAAAAAGGAAGCUCCCAGAACAAGAGGCCGACCCAAGAAGAGAAGCAGAAAGACGCCUGUGAGAAAAUCUGCGAGAGGGAAGAAAGUGGUUGAACAAGCGGAAUCCGGCUCUGACGCUCCACCGCCCACUUCUCUGGACGCCUCGUCCUCAUUGGACAAAGAUCCGUCCACGUUAUCAAGUGACAGCCAGCAAGAGAUCCAGAAGGCAUCGUUAGAAGGAGCAGGCCAUUCCGACAUCGAUGCUGCCUCUGCUGGGCAGGACCUGCAGCCUGAGGCCCCUGAGAACCAGAGGCUGGAAGGAGAGGAGGCGAUGGAGGCUUCUUCAGUUCCCAGCAAAAGGAAGAGGGAGCCUGUCGGACCUGAGGCAAAGAGAUCUCGUUCUCUGUCUCCUUCCGUGUCCACCGACAUCAAACUGCCACCGUUCAGUCCCAGCAACCCCCUCGGUCCGGAGUUUCUGGUCCCCAAACUGGGUUACUUCUGUAAUCUGUGCCACGUUUUCUGCGUGCACGAGAGCAGCGCCAGGGACACACACUGCAGCAGCCAGACACACUACGACAAUCUGCAGAAACACUAUGAGAAGCUUCAACCUGAACCAUCGAAAGGGUCGACGGGAAAUUCUCAAGCUUCCUUUUCUGAUUGAUCCAGACUCCAGCUGCUGGUCUUCUUUAAGAGAGUUGAUCCCCAGAAGAGACUUUUUGAGUUCUAGGGAAACUGGAACUUUCUUUUCACAUUGUUUCAGAUGGUCGGAGGUUUUUCCCUGGCGCUCUUUUAAUUUACAUGAAGCUGUUACAUCAUUUAACAGCAACUGACAACAGAAUUGGCGCCAACCAGCUGUUGAUAUUUACAUCUGUGAUAAAUGUAAAUGCCUAUGGAUUUGCAUGUUACAUUUUCUGUUUUCUAAACAUGAUUAAAGUGUGGUCCUGUUAA